UCCCCCACAGUGAAGAGCGAGGACGAAGAUGGGGACAUGAAGCCGGCCAAGGGACAGGGCAGCCAGAGUAAGGGCAGUGGGGACGACGGGAAGGACCCGCGGAGGCCCAAACGACCCCGGACCAUCCUCACGACGCAGCAGCGAAGAGCCUUCAAGGCCUCCUUUGAGGUCUCCUCCAAGCCCUGCCGGAAGGUCCGAGAGACGCUGGCGGCGGAGACGGGCCUCAGCGUGCGUGUGGUCCAGGUCUGGUUUCAGAACCAAAGAGCAAAGAUGAAGAAGCUGGCACGGCGGCACCAGCAGCAACAAGAGCAGCAGAACUCCCAGCGGCUGGGCCAAGAGGUCCUGUCGAGUCGCAUGGAGGGCAUGAUGGCCUCCUACACGCCGCUGGCCCCGCCGCAGCAGCAGAUCGUGGCCAUGGAGCAGAGCCCCUACGGCAGCAGCGACCCCUUCCAGCAGGGCCUCACGCCACCCCAAAUGCCAGGUGACCACAUGAACCCCUAUGGGAACGACUCCAUCUUCCACGACAUCGACAGUGAUACCUCCUUAACCAGCCUCAGCGACUGCUUCCUCGGCUCCUCGGAUGUGGGCUCCCUGCAGGCCCGCGUGGGGAACCCCAUCGACAGGCUCUACUCCAUGCAGAGUUCCUACUUCGCCUCCUGAGAGCCAGCCGGGCCGCACGGACGCUUGGGCAAGGGCCCUGGGGUGGGACUGCGGGCCGCAGAGGCUGCCCCACCACCCGCACAGACUCUACAGACAGCCAUACGGUGCCCUCCCCUCAGCCAACUGGGCCUGGCUAAAGUGCCCACUGGGCACAGCCAGACGGGCAGACGGGCACAGCCUGGGCAGGGGCUGUGUCCUGCCCACAGAGACUGUCACCCCCAGGGACCCAGAG